AUACAGACUUGUUCGAGAAUAUAUUAUGUUAUAUUUUGCUUAAAAUCUCUUGUAACUACUAAGAGGUGAAAUGACACGAAAUAUACCGGUAGCUGAGUCUGGUACGCUUCUUGUUUUGGUUUUGUUUCUGUCUUCUACCUACGUUAUGACAGUCUCGGAUGUCCGAACAUGAAUGAGCCUGGAAGCAACCGAAGCAAAAUACCGGACUGAAACAAAAAACCAGACAAAUCACAAUUCGGACCUAUUUACAAGAACAAUAAACCCGCACACGUGCAUGGUUAAAUGAAAAGGGUCAGUCCAAGACUGCAUAACAAGACUAUGCUGGUUGUAGCAAGGUUGCAUAACAAUGGUGGAUUACAAAGAAGUAAAACCAGCCAGAGUUAUAAGAGAUACAAUCUGGUCCAAGCAGUAACAGCUUGUCUAAAGGCUGGUUGUGGAACCACAGCAUCAGAAAAAUGGAAGAAAAUUAAACAUAGUGAAUAUAGAAUGUAUAGCUUUUCAUAGUUUGUUUACAAUUACAGUGAGAUAGACAGUACUGAGGAAGUGGACUGACAGUAGCUCUUGAUUUAUCAUAUGAAAUAUGUUAUGUCGCCAAUAAACAUUAAACAAAACAAACAUUAACGUAACGUUUACUUAGUGUUUAUCAAAUAUGGAUGAUCACAAACAACAAUUGCUGAAUUAUUCAGCAGAGAUAGGCAAUGAGUGUUGGUGGGCAUGUAGGGGUAUGUUGUAGCAUAUCACUAUCAGACUAAUAUAAAUACUGAUGGGACUUGAACCUACUAAAAAUGUAGUAGGUUUCUUCUCUAAGACUAUGUCAGAAUGACCAAAUGUUUAACAUUCAAUAGUCAAUGAUUAAUAAAUUGAUGGCAUCUAGUGGUGCUAUUAAACAAAAACAAGCUGACUUCAAACGUACUGCACUAAUUCGAAUAAUGUGUCCACUGAGUCGUUAAAUAAAACAUUUCCUUCCAAUUCGAACGCACCGAUGUUAUUUGAUAGGAUUUAACCACUCGGUCAAUCAUUACCUCUAUUGAGCAAUAUGUCCCUCAAUGCUUUCAGUAAAUUAUUUGAAUGUGAGGUCUGCUCACUGCGUUUCUCAGAUCUGUACGAUCUAAAGCAGCACGUUCUCACCCAUAAGGCCGCGAAACCGUUCAAAUGUGACGUGUGCUCGAAAUCGUUCUCUCGCAAAACCAUUCUGAAGAGUCACCAGUUGAUUCACACGGGCGAAAAGAGUUUCACGUGCGGAAUCUGUUCGAAAUCCUUCACCUACAGCUCGAACCUGAAAACGCACAUGUUGACCCACGUCGCGGACAGAGUCUACAGAUGCCACGUCUGCUCGGACAGCUUUCCGCAGAGGAAGGACGUCAGACUUCACAUGCUGAGCCACAUCGGUCAGACUCCCUUCCAGUGUGAGAUCUGCUCAAAAUGUUUCGCGGAGAGGAUCUUUCUGCAGCACCACAUGCUCACGCAUUCGGGCGAGAAACCCUUCACUUGCGAAGUCUGCGCCAAGUCCUUUUCAAACAAGUGGAGUAAGAAGUCGCACAUGCUAGUGCAUAGCGAUGAGAAACCUUUUAAGUGUGACACCUGCGCCAAGUCCUUCACGCGCAGCCACGACUUAAAGAAACACGCACUGAUUCACUCGGGAGAAAAAUCCUUCAAGUGUGGAGUCUGUCUGAAAUCGUUCACGCAGAGCAGCAACCUGAAGAGUCACAUGUUAAACCACCACACGGACGAAAAGACGUUCCGAUGCGGCGUGUGUUCCAAGUGCUUCGCGCACAGCGAGACUUUGAAGAAACACGUUCUCACGCACACCAGGCUCUAGUCGUUCAGAUGCAGCGUGUGUUUCUAGUGUUUCGCGCACAGCGGGACUUUGAAGAAACACGUGCUCACGCACACCAGGCUCUAGCCGUUCAGAUGCGAGCUCUGCGCGAGGUGUUUCGCGCGCAAGUCUCGGCUCACGGCUCACACAUUGCUCAACCAAACCGCAGAGCAGAGUUUCAGAUGCGAGACGUGUUCGAAGUACAUCUAAAACGUCACGCUUGGACCCACGAAAAGCAUCGCUCACAGGACCAGUCGGGUAACGCUGAUAAAGACGUGAUAAAUAUGGAAUGGAUUGGCACUGGCGUAGGAAACGGGGGUAAGGGGCAUGUGCCCCCCCCCCCCCCCCCCCUCCCCA